AUAUAUAUGUGGAUGUUAUGGUUUAGUUACGUUGUGUGUUUUCCAAGUAGAAAAUCUUACAUGAACUGUGUUGUUGGAAGAAAGCCAAGGUUUGUACAUAUAAUUCUGGGUUUGUUUCUGAGUUUGUCUGAGAAAAUGGAAGGGGAAUCAUCGAGCUUGCAGAUUCAUAGAACAUCAUCUAUAGAGAACGAGCCAAGGACCUUGAGUAUUGAUCAAAUCCAAUAUGCAAGGGAGGCAGCCAUGUAUGUGGUGAAUACCAGGAGCAUAGAAGAAGCCAUGAAUAUCUUCACACAGGGACUAGAGCCGGUAGUUGAAGUUGCAAGGGACAAGAUGGAAACGGCGACGAUAGAAGGAAUAGAGUAUCUACAAGAUAUAGGGUUGCAAGGAAUGCGCGACGUCGUUUCUGCACCUUUCUAGACACUUGUUUCUUUCUAGAAUCUUUAAGAGAGAAUAUGUAUAUAUUUUGGUGUUGUAAGAUACUUGUACAGGAUAGAAUUUUGGUUUUAUUUCAUUUUUGUUUUUCUUUGAAAA